UUCUUGUUUAAUGCUUUUUAUUUGUCAAUUUCUAGGAAGCGUGCAGCUGCAAAACGUCUGAUUGAACGCUACUACUACCAAUUGACUGAUGGUUGUGGUGAUAAUGACUGUAGGAACGAGAACUGUGCCUCAUGCAAUGCAUUCGUCUAUAAGAAUUGCAGCCGUAACCAGCUUGCUGUGCAUGCACUGCACCUGUUCAAACAGAAAGCCCGCCUAUGUGAGGCUCACCCUGCUAAGAUAGCCAAGCGGCCAUCAGAGAGUGAGGAAAAUGCCACAACCAGCGUGUCUUGCAUUAAGAGUGGACAGCUGAGUGUUCGUGGUGGUACAGUAUCCGGCAGUGGCAUUAGUGUGAGACUAGGUGGUGGCAGCAGUAGCUCGUCAGCUGGAGGAGUAAGCACCCACUAUCCAGUAGCUAUGGUUUUUGGAGCAAAAGAGGAACAACCCUCAACAUCAAACAUGAAACCCAGUGCUCAUCAGGAGUCGACAUUAUCAGUGAAGAACUUUUUAACAGAGCAAAGACUAAUAGAAAUAAUUAAGGAGUGUAAAAAAGAUGGCAACUGGUCAAAGCUGAUUCAUAUUAUUGGUGCAGUAUUUAAUAAUCCGGAUGCAAUUAUUCUGAGUUUCCGUCGCAAAGAUGACGUUUCAUUAUCAAAGGAAACUCACAGAGCAAUGCAGUUGGAUUUAGACAAAGAUAUGGACGAACAAGAAAAUGAAAAUGAACCUUGCCGUUCAGCUAAAAGUGAUAGUGUUAUGGAAAGUACUGUGAUGGACUCUGAAAGUUUAGAGUAUGUAACAGUGGACAUACCUUCAGUACGAAGGGCAUUUAAAGCUCUGAUGGAAAUACCAGAGCUCCCAUUUCAAUGUUCCUUAAUACAAGCCAUUUGUUCAUUAUCUAAGAACCUGGAUGUGGAAUUAAGGUACCGCAAGCCAAUAGAAAAAGACCCAAAUUACAUAAAUAUUUUUAUAAUUAUCAUGGAGAUCCCAUUUUUAUACGAGCCUGAGUUUAUCGACAGUGCUUUCCCUGAUUUCUGCAACACGAUCGGACAGUUACCUUUACAAAGCCAAGUUAAGCUGGCUCAUGUAUGGUCCAAAUAUCCUGCACAACAGCUGAAGAACAUGGUGUGUUCUCUUCAUCAGUUGAUUACUGUGCGUGUGAUGAAAGGAGAAGUGCAGUGGGGACGGGGGUGCCCAGUCAAUGAUGACAAUGGCAUCAGUGGAGCAGCUCGAGUUAUGAAGAUUCUCUACUAUGCUAGCAUGCUUGGUGGUAUUUACGAUUCAAAACAGUUGAUCGAUGAAGAGAAAAAACUGAAUGAUGCUGAUGUGAACCUCCAUGAAUUAGUAGGUGCCGUGGCUGCAGAACCGAAAGAUCAAAGGAAACCAAUCGAGGAUCCUUUAGGCAAGGAACUUGGUAUUUCUCCUAUACACUGCCGAACGCCGCUAGUUCCCUUUGAGGAUUUUGUGAAUGAUCUUUUAAAUGAAUAUUUGGACGUUGGCACGGAUUUUUCCUACUACAAAUCAGAAUCUAGUAACAGCAAGUUUUCUUUUGUGAACCACAGUUUUCUCUUGACAACUUGUUCUAAGCACACUGUAAUGUACUUUGACAAUCGUAUUCAUAUGCUUAAUGAAAGGAGGACUUCUUUGAUACAAACUUUAGUUCAUGGUGCACCAACCAUGCCAUAUCUGCGACUAAAAGUUCGACGAGAACGUCUCAUUGAAGACGCCCUUGUUGCGUUGGAACUUGUUGCAAUGGAUAACCCACAAGAUUUGAAAAAGCAGCUUUUUGUAGAGUUUGAUGGUGAACAGGGUGUAGAUGAAGGUGGCGUAUCGAAAGAGUUCUUUCAGUUGGUAGUUGAAGAUAUUUUUAAUCCAGACUUUGGAAUGUUCACAUACAAAGAAGAAACUGGCCAAUAUUGGUUCAAUCCCAGCUCACUGGAGAAUGAUGGCCAAUUCACAUUGAUAGGUAUCGUGCUUGGUCUCGCAAUAUAUAACAGUGCUAUCCUGGACAUUCACUUCCCAAUGGUGGUUUACCGAAAGUUGAUGGGCAAGAAAGGCACUUUUACAGAUUUAAAAGACGUUGACCCAAUACUUGCACGAAGCUUACAGGAUCUUCUACUAUAUGAUGGAGAGGUAGAAAAAGAGUUUCUGCAGACAUUUUGCAUCUCGUACAGGGAUGUAUUUGGUAAUGUGAUCACACAAAAUCUCAAAGAAAACGGAGAUCAAAUUCCAGUAACAAAUGCUAAUAAACGGGAAUAUGUGAAUUUGUAUGCUGAUUACUUGCUGAACCGGUCUGUCGAAAGACAAUUCCGUGCCUUUAAGUGCGGAUUCCGGAUGGUUACAAAUGAGAGCCCUCUACAUGCUUUGUUUCGUCCAGAAGAGGUAGAGCUAUUGGUAUGCGGCAGCAAGGUGAGUCAAUACAAUUCUGGCAUUCUUUUUUGUAUUAUUUGUAAAUAGUAGUCACAGAAAAAG